AUGUCGGAUCCCAGCGAGCAGCCUUCGGAGUCCAUGCCUGGCCAGGACAACGGUUUGAAGCCAUUGUCAAACGCCACGGAUCUGUCGCUCGGCAACCCUAGCAACAGCGAGCUUUCCCGGAUUAUGAGCCGUGCGGGUAUUGCCCUAGCCAAUGGGUUCCCGCUGGACGAGGACGACGACGAGGAGGAAGUGGAGGGGGAUUACGUCGCAGUGGACCAGGAGGAGGACUCCAAUGAAUACCCAUACUGGUUCCGCCGGCCCCCAACACACCAUCGUACAAAGCUCGAUGAGCUGCACCCGUUCGUUCAGCUUCUUUCUACCUCUAACGUGGAGGACUGUAUCACUGUGGAGAAUGCUUUCCCAGAGGCAGAGCGUUGCUCGCGUGACAAGUUUAUCUACCGCCUCACGAGAUGUCCCGAACUGAGCCUGGGCCUUUUCACGUUACCGCUCUAUGGUGAUCAGCCUAAGCCUCGGGCGACUCUUGUUGGACACAUCAUCGCUACUCGUACCUCGGAGCCGAGCGUGACGGAUCGAUCCAUGCGCCUACCCAGCGACUGGAAGAGUGAGCGCUGGACAUUUGAAUGUGGUCAAGCUGUUGGCCAUGAAGAGGGCGGUCGCACUAUUGCUAUCCACUCGUUGGCUGUGCUGCCCGAGCACCAGGGCAAGCAGGUCGGUAGCACCUUGAUGAAGUCGUACAUCCACCGGAUCCGGGAGGCCCAGAUUGCCGAUCGGAUCGCAAUCAUCGCCCAUGACCACUUGGUUCCAUUCUACGAGUCAUUUGGCUUCGAAAGCCACGGCCCCAGCAAGUGCCAGUUCGGCGGUGGUGGAUGGGUGGAUCUGGUCUUGGAGCUUGGCAAUGAGUCUAGCUAA